AUGAGGCGAGCGAUCAUCUCCACCUGGGCGUACGCACGGCAGCUGCUAACGAACAAUGAACGUCCCCAAGAAAUUUCAAUGUUAUUGACACUCGUUGGAUUGUAUUUUUUCGCAUGUCGAAUUCCUCAGAAGUCUUCAAUGCCGAAUAUCAUCUUCAUUUUGGCUGAUGAUCUGGGCUGGGACGACGUUAGUUUUCACGGGUCUCCUCAAAUACCGACGCCUAAUAUGGAUGCAUUAGCCGCUGACGGGAUCAUUCUCAACCAGCACUACGCCCAAGCGUUGUGUACACCGUCCAGGGCAGCAUUGAUGACUGGGCGCUACCCAAUUCACACAGGGAUGCAGCAUUUUGUAAUUCAGCCUGGUGAGCCUUGGGGUCUUCCACUGGAGUAUAGGCUGAUGCCAGAGUUCUUCAGGGAUCUGGGCUACAAGACACAUAUGGUUGGAAAGUGGCACCUUGGCUCCUUCACGAAGGACUUUAUUCCAGUGAGACGGGGAUUUGACUCCUUUUAUGGAUUUUACAACGCUGAUCAAGACUAUUAUAACAAGACCUUAACUGAGGGUGAGCAUACCGGAUACGAUUUCUGGUUGAACGAAGACAUUCAUAUAUACCCCAAUAACCGAUACUCAACUCAUCACUAUACAGAAAGAGCAGUUUCUCUCAUAAGGUCUCACAACCCUUCUCAGCCACUCUUCUUAUAUCUUAGUUACCAGGCGCCACACGUUGGCACGGGGCCAUCGCUUCUUGAAGCGCCGGACGAAAAUGUGAAUAAAUUUCUCUACAUCCCGGAGAAAAAUAGGACAACAUACGCUGGUGCGUACUGCUAA